AUGCCUGCUAAGCCAAUUCCUCAGGGAUAUAAGGUUUUUGGACUAGCAGAACAUGGAUAUCUUUGGACAUUUUCCUGGUCUAGCCGCCGGCAGGGCAUAAUGCCUAUGUUUCAAUUUCCAGGAAUUACCAGAACUGGAUCCAUGGUCAUGAAUAUGAUUCAGCAGCUUCCUAAGAUCCCUAUUAUUAGACCUACUGAGGAAUCAAAUACUAGACCUCCUACUGAGACUCCUAUCAUUGAAGCUUCUAUCAUCAAAGCUCUCUCUACUAGUGAAGCUCCUACUAGGCCUUCUGCUGAAGAACGGCCUGGAGAACUCUCUACCAAUGCUCAUAUAGUCCGCCCAGUCUUUGAGAAUCAACCUAGGAAGAACCUUCAGAUUCCAAAGAUUAUUGAUGACUAUAAUCAUAAUAUGAAUGGAGGAGACCUAGCAAAUCAGUAUAGAGCUUCCUAUAGCUCUCGUAGAGUGAGCUAUCGGACCUGGUUGCCUAUUUUCUAUUGGAUUCUGGAUGCUGCUGUUGUCAAUGCGUGGAGGCUUCACCAAGUACGUCGGCUAGAUGCUCAAAUCGACAGGAUCCAAUUGCACAUCUCUGAAGCAAUAGCCCAGCAGCCCGCCGCAGCCGCAUCUCUACUAGCAAAAGGCGAUGACUCCUCCUCCUCCUCCUCCACCACCACCACCACCACCAUUGCAACAACCAUACACACCUUCGCUACAAUCGCCAGAGCUCUCUCCGUAGGCUCCCCUUCACACCCCUUGUUGACCCGCUCCCAUCUCCUCCACCUCCUUCGUCAAUAUAUCUCCGUUCAGACCGGCGCAGAGGUUAAACCCACCGAGGCGGAAGAGGAGAGAAAUCAAGAACGAGUACGAGAAGAUGCCUACAUCACAGACCUCGAAUGGAUCGUUGCCGCAAAGGCCACAGUCCAGACCCUGGGCCUCGUCAUGCGCGCACUGCUGGAAGAAAGCCUGCCCCUAAACGACGGCAUCUGGUAUUGGGACGAAGUCCUUAGCUCCCACUUCUACACUGGUUUAUAUACCAUGCAAACCCUUCCCCUGAGACUCUGGGGGCAGGCGCGGGAUAUCUUCCAAACAUUCCAGCUGCAGAGACAACAGCCGCAGCUGCAACAACAACUUCACCAUGCUGGGUCCUCUGUGGCAGUGAGUUUCACGGACCGCUGGAGGGAUUUCUACACAAUCGUCCAUCAGAAUAUCAGGGAGCGAUCUCUGGUGCGGGCUAAGAUGAGCCUUUUCACUCCCUUUGCGCUCUGUAGGUCGCAGGUGCGUGGAAAGAGGAAGCAGCUGAAGAAGAUGAGGGAGAUUCAUGCAUGUGCUAUUGGGUUGUUGGUGGAGGAGGGGUUGGUGUUUGAGAUGGGGGAUGAGAGUGGCGGGGAUCAGAAUGCCCACAGACAUACGCACGGUUCUGAUCACUAUCGUGGUAGUCAUAACGAUGAGGCCGAUAACGCCUGCUUAGACAACCUGGGCGACUGGAAAGACACCAUCAGCCGAACCGUCAUCCUCCUCCGCACCGUUCUAGAAAACAUCAGCACUCUCGACGACAACUCCAAAAUCACCCUCUUCGAAGACACCAUCUUCACCACCGUCUCCCACCACCUCCCCUCUGCCACUCAACCCUCCCACAUCUUCCACCAACUCCUCCACAUCCUCGAAACCUCUCUCCCAUCCCACCACCACUCCACCAAAACCCGCCUAAACGCCCACAGCUACCCGUCCCGCCUCAUCCGCUACUGGAUUCCUGCCACGACCCUCCUCCUCUCCCUCGGCACGGUGCUCAACACCCUCACCAAUAGGCGCGAGGAGCUCUGGACCUGGCUGACGGAGCUGGGCGCGACGACGGUUGACUUCGGCGUGAACUGGGUUAUCGAUCCACUCAAGCGGCUUGUCGGGACGAUUCGCCAUGAUGAGAGGAGUGAGGUGGCGAUUAUGAGUAAGGCAAGUUUGGAGGCUGAUCGGUCGAGUUUGGAGAGGAUGGUUGUUGAUUUUGCGAUGGAUGGGCGGCAUCAGGGUACCUCCUGGUCACAGGGGGAUGCAACUGCGGAUGCGAAUGUGGAUGCGGAUGCGGACGCGCUGCGUGCUAAGGUUCGCGAAGGGGAUUUGACGCCUGUGCUUGUGGCGUAUGAGAGGGAUUUGAGGAGGCCGUUUGUGGGCACGGUCCGGGGUGAUCUGGUGCGGGCGUUGCUUAUACAGAUUCAGAAAACAAAGGUAGAUGUUGAGAUUGCUAUGGGGGGGAUUGAUGCGUUGUUGAAAAGUCAGGAAUUGGUGUUUGGGUUUGUCGGACUUACGCCUGGAAUACUUGUUUCGUACGCGGUGUUUUCGUGGAUCUAUGGGAUAUUUGGGAAUAGGGCUGGGUUGAGACGCGGGAAGAGGGAGGGUGAGAUGACGCGUGCACUUAACGCCGUCGACCGCGUCCUAACCGCCUCCACCACAACCCAGGAUGGCAUCCUCUCCUACAAAGACCACGGCCUAUUAAUCUACGAAACUGACAUUCUCGACCAACGGGCUCAGAACCUCUUGCCUGGAGCUACGUAUCAUGAGUUCAAGGAAGAUCUUAAUGAGUUGUUGAAUGUGAGGGUUGGGGUUGUGAGGCAAUUGAGGGUUUUGGAGAGGGUGAGAUGGACUUAUGCGAAGUGGACGAGGUGA